AUGGCCGCCACUAUUGGCAGACUUACUGCUAAUAUCGGUGGACCGUGGAAGGGCAAGCGUCGCGUCUAUGUGGUGGUCCUUUAUGGAGCACCGAUUUGAGUGCAAACCAUGGACGAGGACCAGCGCAGGCGUCAUACGAUGGAGCAGCUUAUGCGGCGACUAUCACUCAGGGUGACAAAAGCCUAUCGCACCGUCUCCCACGAAGCUACGGCCAUCUUGGCGAGAUCGGUGCCGUUUAGGUUUGUGGCGGAUCGCCUGAAACGGGCAUACCUGCGCAGGAGGAAGAUCAUCCGGAGAGAUGGAUCCAUUCUAAGCCUAGGAUCUUAUUCGAGAGAUGGAGAGACUAUCUGUUUAGUCUUCCUCGCUGAAGAGGAACAUCACCGAAGAGACUCCGGACUACGCCUCAAUGGCGGAAGCGCGCAGAGAAAACGGAGGCUGCCGAGUCAGGAUAAAGUAGCUUCUCAAGAGGACAACCAGCUAAAACAUUCAUCGAGAAAACGGCAAACUCGAGCUUGA